CAGACAUGUGGCAGAUCUGCCUGACAGUUUUUGAAUACCCACAACGGUAGAGAAAGGCCUUCUGACUAGGACGUGCCGGGCAGCCAGACCUUGGGCAUCGAAGACUGUACCGCCACACUCCGACUGGUCUCCAGAAGAAAACGGAGCCAUGAAAAAAGGAGUCUGCUGAGGGGACUUUCCCUUCCACCACUCCAGGAAAUUCAGGAGGGUGAAACCACAUUCUGUUGUCCUUCAGGACUUUCCUCCACCUCGUGCUGCCGUGCUUGUCUUUAUAAGACAUUGCCCUCUGAAAAAGUCCCCUUUCAGCAUCCUCCUUCAGCCAUGUUAUGUCUGCGCUGGUGAGCCCAUAAGGACCAGACUCCCACAUUUUGUGCCAACCCUCAAGCGUCACCUGGUAGUAUAACAGAGACAAAUUCUUAUGUAAUAAACACCUAAACAGUUUCCUUGUCUAACAACCACUGACUACUUAGACCGUUACCUCAGGAUGUGCUGUGUCUGCUGGAGGAGCUGCUGGAGGAGCUGAUGCAUGAGCUGCUGUAGGAGCUGCUGGAGGAGCAGAUGCAGGAGCUGCUGUAGGAGCUGCUGGAGGAGCAGAUGCAGGAGCAGAUGCAGGAGCUGCUGGAGGAGCUGCUGGAGGAGCUGCUGGAGGAGCAGAUGCAGGAGCAGAUGCAGGAGCUGCUGGAGGAGCUGCUGGAGGAGCAGAUGCAGGAGCUGCUGGAGGAGCUGCUGGAGGAGCAGAUGCAGGAGCAGAUGCAGGAGCUGCUGGAGGAGCUGCUGGAGGAGCAGAUGCAGGAGCAGAUGCAGGAGCUGCUGGAGGAGCUGAUGCAGGAGCAGAUGCAGGAGCUGCUGCAGGAGCCUUUAACGAGGUGAGAGCUUCCACCAGCAGAGCGUCAUCCGCCCAGCCACUAUCACCUUUGGACCCUGAUGAGCUGGAGCUGGCAGCUGCUGCGGGAGGGUCCCUGUCCUGUGGAGGUUUCUGUGAUGUACGGGUGGGUGACAUUUGC